AGCCACAAGUAACAAACGAAGCGCGAGCGCGCCCGCAGCAAAGGAUAAUCAAAGCGCCAAAUCCGGUUUCAACUAAUGUGCAAUCAAAAAACAAACAAAGUGAAGACGAAACCCAAAAACUGAAACAAAUAUUAUAUAUGAACGAUAUCUGUAAACUGAGUUAUCGAGUGGCUAACACUAUGACGACCUGCAUCUGGCUGCUGGCCCUUGUGGUGGCCAUCAAUGCCCGCUCGCUGCAAGUGCCGCGUGGAUAUGGCAUUCCCCAUCCUCCUCCACAUAAUCCGUACUAUUACUCGCCCUAUACCUAUGCGGCUGCUAGAGCCUAUGCCGGAGUUCGGCCCAGUCCGAUGCUCUACAACCCGCCGGGCAGUUACUACGACAGCAUUUACGGCGUGCACAGAUUCCUGCCGGGUGGCGGAAAUCCUAUAGCUGUGGACUAUAACAAUCGUUGCUCAAGGAAUUACGUGGGCAUUAAGCCCCAUCCCGACCAGCAGCAAUACUACUAUGUGUGCCAACCCAACUGUGUCAUCUUCAGCAAGUGCCCCGAGCUGAAGAAAUUCAGCUCGAGCACUGGCCGCUGCGUGGAACGCGUGAAUCCCGAUUAUCCACCGAUUUGCAAAAAGGAGGGCCGCUUCGCCUACCAAUACGAUUGCAGAAUCUAUUACAAAUGCGAUAGGAAUUUGACGCCACAGCUCUACGGCUGUCCCACAGGCACCAUAUUCUCGCAACUGGAAGGCAAGUGCAUACCCGGCGAUGAGUGUCCGUCGACAGAGAUAUCGAACAGCGGCAGCUAUAUACCGGAAAACUGCGAGCUCAAGUUUCCCGAAUGCACGACAGAGGGCACGUUCAGGUCACCGAAGGAUUGCGCCUUGUACUACACCUGCAAAUUGCAGCCCAGUGGAAACUAUUUGCAAACACGCUUCAAAUGCCCUGGCAACAACAGCUACGACCCGAAGCGAAAACUUUGCCGACCCCAUCAUGAAGUCGAUUGCCAAGGCUAUCUAUCCUAUGCACCCAUUUCGCCUUAUCAGCCAUAUAUCUCCGAAGCAGACUUUGACGCAGAGGCACAGGAGAAACAACCAGAGCAGCCAGAGACUAGCUCGACAUCCGAGAGCUCUAAGGCAUCAAGUAUUGACAAUCCUAAGCAAAGUGUUAAACUAGUUAUAUUGCCUACGAAGCCUACACCCAAACCAACAACGACAACAACAACGGUUGCCACGCCUACAGCGUCCACCAACAAAUAUCCAGACUAUCCAUCAUAUCCGUCGUAUCCUUCGUAUCCGUCAUAUCCGUCAUAUCCGUCGUAUCCGUCGUAUCCUGCAUACCCUUACUAUCCCUCGAAUCCCACAUAUCCUAACUACAACUACGGAAGUCCGCUAAUAGAGCCAGCAGCGCUGCUUGAAGAGAAUCCAGACCCAGAAGCUUCAGUAAAAAUUGUUAUUAUCCCAACAACGGACAAGCCAGCACCAGAUUGUGAUAAAUACCCUCCGAAACACCCCUACCCUACAUAUCCUUCCUACCAAAAGACCGACUCCACCCCAGCUCCAACCACAACUUCAACUACAACUGUCAAAAGCACGGACGCUCCGACAAGUAAUUUAGAGUUUAAUACUUUUCAGGUUCAACCGUCAGGUGUUGCCUUCAGAAGUUUAAGCCAGAAAAAAAUUGUUAUACUGCCCCCAGCACCCAAAAGCACAAUCCAAACGACAACUGAAGAGCCAAUCAUUACCACAGUGGUGCUCAGUACAUCCGAUGCACCAUCUACAACUACCAAGCCAACACCUACUAAGCCAAAACCAACGAGGCCAACUGUCAGGCCACCACCAGCUACCACACCUACAACGACAACAAAGACCUCCACAACAACUACAAAACCAAGCACAACAACUCCACAGCCAACGACAACAACAAGGCCGACAACGACCACAAUAACCACUCCUAAGCCAACAACAACUGUAAAGCAAACAACAGCGAAACCAACAACAGCUCGUACACAAACAACAACUCCUCAGGCAACAACAUCAACCACUCCUCAACCAACCACAACAACUCAAUCAACGACUUCAACAACAACAACUCCUCAACCAACAACAACUCAACCAACGACGCCUACAACAAUAACGCCUAGGCCCACAACAACUCCUGAGACGACAACAAAUAGCCCUGAGCCAACAACAACUGUAAAAUCAACCACUUUCAAGCGAGAAACCACCAAUGAGGUUACGACUUCCAAAUUAACGACAAGUCCUAAGCCAACCACAACUAGUCAGGCCCCAACUACACCAACAACUCCCAAGCCAACAACUAACAAACCUACAACCACAACUCCUAAGCCAACAACAACUACUGAGGCAACAACAACUCCCAGGCCAACAACUACUACUACUACACCAACAACAACUACAACAUCGGAGGCAACAACUCCUAAACCAAUAACAACUAGCAUUCUAACAACAAGUUCGAGUCAAAAAACUACUUCGAAUCCAACUACAACACCCGAGGCCCCAACAACUACUCAACCAACAAGAACAACUCAACCAUCAACAACUCGUCAACCAACGACAACAACUCAACCAACAACAACAAUUCAACCAACAACAACAACUCAACCAACAACAACUCCUCAACCAACAACAACUCCUCAGCCAACAACCACCCCUCAGUCUACAACAACUUCCAAGCCCGCAACCACUCCUCAAUCCACCACAACACCUCAGCCAACAACUCCCUCAACCUCUCCUAAACCAUCCCCAACUGCCGAUCCAACGACAACUCCUCAGCGAACAAGUCCAAAGCCAACGACAACUUCUCAGGCAACAACAACUUCCCAGGCAACAACAACUCCUAAGCCAACGACAACAUCUAAGUCAUCGACAACCCCCAAGCCAACCACAACGCCUCAACCAACAACAACCAAAACACCAACGACACCGCAACCAACAACCUCGAUAGCGACAACAACCAAACAACCAACGACUCAGCCGCCAACAACAACAAACACCACUGCAACAUCUGAACUAACCACAGCCACCAAACUGCCCCCAUGUCAACCUGAAGACACACAAUGCAUACAGCAACAACAACAACAGCAACAACAACACCUCAACAACAUCAAACACACAGAAACCGAAACACAAUUUGUUAUAAACAAAUCGAGCAAAAAUCUAUUUGGGGAAAGAGAUUCGCCAUCCUCGCUGUUAUCCAAGAGCUUAGUUUCCAACGAGGGUAGCUUAGAUUAUGUGAACGAUGAGCCCGCACCGGAAGUGGAGAGCACCACAGUGAAGUGGACAACGGAAAAGCCACUAGCGAAGCCCUCGACCAUGUCCAGCAUAGCUGCAGCACAUAUACUGAAAAAGCUCUUCCAAGUAAUAUCGACAACAGCUGCACCCGUAUCGAAGGUAACCUUUGCCCAAAUGGCGAGGCACAAUUUGGCCACAUCAAAGCCCUUUAUGGCCGUGUCUUUGAGGCAGUCGAUCAAGCAGCUGACGCGCGAGUUACCAAUACCACAAAAUGCCACCAAAGAAGCUGAAGCUGACGAUUCAGAGUACUAUGAUAGCGAAUACGAUACGAAUGAGCUGGAGAAUGUGGUUGAUAAGCAUGAUCUGGCAGAUAUAAAGUUAUCAAUGAACAGUACAGCUGGCAUCACAAAGGGCACCACUGCGACUAUAAGAUCAGUUGAAAGCACCACAAAGCCAAUGGCCAUACAAGCUGUUGCUGCAAUUGAUCCGCUAGAAACUAGCUCCAGUGUGCCCGUGCCAGCUGUAGCUAAUGCAACUGUACCCAAGUCCGAUGCUAAAGACUACUCCGAAAACUAUGUGGACUCGGACUAUGCCAAUGAUGAGCCCCUGGAAGAGACUCAACAGACCACUGCAAAACCCGACUUGAAUGCUCAAAAGCAGACGCUGAUCCAACUGCUAAAGCAGAAAAUAAUCCAAGCAGCCAACACCGUAGCGCCUGCACCACUAAGCUCCACCACCACCAAGAGUUCCAACGUGUUUGCAAAUGAAAUUGCAAGCAGUCGAAAUGACUUAAGCGUGCCAAAGAGCCUAUUGAUGAGUCUGCUAAGACAGAAGCUGAGCAGAACGAGCACCACUUUAGCACCACUCAGCAGUASCAGCAGCAGCAGCAGCAGUAGCACAACUGCUGGCACCACAGCGCGUACCACAACAACCAAGAGCCUAAACGCAAUCGGUAGCAGCUCAGAAUACUACGACGAUGAGGAUUAUGAGUAUGUAAACGAUGCAGAGGAAACACACAGAGCUACAGGCGCAACUACAGAAGCCACCAUUAAGCAGACAGCGCUUAGAGCCGCCACGGCCAAGCGACACUCACUACUCCCGUCUCUCCAUCAGGUGAAUGGGUUAACGAGCGAGGCCAACCAGCAACAAAUGUCCGAGACUUCUGCACUUAAGCCACAAAGUGUGCCGCUGCCUGUACCCGCAUUUCUCAAGCAAUCAGCGAAGCAAUUUAAUGAAAUAUCAAAGCAUAAAUCAAAGAUUGACAAUUUUCUAGAUAGCAACAGCAUAGUAAAAGCCAAAGCAACAGCAACAACAACAGUGGCUGCAAGCAAUGCUCGCACCACACUAUCAAAUAGGGGCCAGGAGAUAAAAUCGAGUCGUACACAGCUUUUGAAAUCAAACAGCACCACAGUAAAACCCAACACAACAACCGCCAGCCCCACUAGCAACACACAGACAGAAGCAGCAGCAGCAGCACCAAUCACACACCAAGAGACGCUCACACUGAAAGAAAAUCCUGCACAGCAAUUCAUAACAAGCCACAGCGUAAGCCCUACAACUACAACCACCGGCACCACUCGCAACACCCUCCCGCGAGCUGCAGUAGCCACGCGCCACGAGAUGCCCACACUGAAGGAAAACCCCACACAGCAAUCGAAAUCGAGCAGCACCACAGUAAAGCCCAAAACGACAACCACAACAACAUCCAGCAGCACCACUCGCAAUACACAGCCAACAUCAGGACCCACACGGCAAGAGAUGUUCACUUUUAUGAAAAACUCAAUACAGCAAUUGCAACUAAACAAAAACACAGUAAACCCUAAAACAGCAGCAACUACAACCACCACCACAGCCACGAGCACCACACAAGCGACACCUACAGAGAAGUUCAGAAAUACACGUCAAGAAAAACUACAGACACUGCAAAGUCUAAGUCAAGUAAGAAACUUAGAAACAGCAACCACCAGACCAACCACUCGCACCACUCAACAGACAAAAGUGGCAGUACCAACCACACACCAAGAGAUUCUAACGGUUAACCAAAAGCCGUGGCUGCUGCAAUCAAAGAAUCAAAGCAUACACCUAAUGCCGCUACAAGCGGCCAGCGCUAGCAAUAGCAACCCAGUGACUCACACGAAUCGUUCAUCAUUAUUAGAGUAUACAACGGCCGGCUACUAUACGACGGAAAAGGUGCCCGAGCUAAUAUUGAAGGUAUACGAGCCCAUCGAUGUGAAGGUCGUCUUCUGUCCCAGAAACUGUGACGAGGACCACGAUCAUAAAUAUGACCCAGCUGAUAAUUAUAAGUCGAAUUGUACGACGGGUUGUGAUACGCCCAAUCCGAAAACUCAUCACAGCGUAGAUUUAUGGUGGAAGCCACUCGAACUGAAGGAUACGGCGGGUUUCCAGACAAUAACAUAGAUACGCAUAUAUAUAUA